AUGCCGCGCCUUCAGUACAACGUUGCAGCAAGUCUAGAUGGCUUCAUCGCAUCACCCGAUGGUUCAACACCAUGGAUCAUCGAAGAUCCCACCAUCGACUUCCCCGCGCUGUACUCCGAAUUCGAAUACUUCAUCAUGGGCCGCAAGACAUACGAGACCAUGCAAUCCUUUGGCGCUGACAAUCCACUAUCGGAACGCCCCAAAGAGUCAAUCAUAGUAGUCAGCCGCACAAUGACCCCGGACCACUUCCCAGAUAUUACAGUCAUAAAGGAAAACGUGCUUGAUUACAUCAGACAUCUCAAAACAAAUGAGGGAAAGGAUAUCUGGCUUAUGGGCGGUGGCCAUCUCGCAGCCCAAUGUCUAGAAGCUCACCUAGUGGACACCGUCGAAGUCGCGAUAAUGCCCGCGCUUCUCGGCAUCGGAAUACCCCUGAUCUCUUCCCUCCCACAGGAAAUAAAGCUUCAGCUAUUAAACAGCACCAGCCUCGGCAGUGGAAUCCUCAUGACUCAAUACAAAGUCAUCCAAAGCCAGUAA